UCUUAGGAUCUCAUUCACAGAUUAACAUUGACUCCAAAAUUGAGCGCUUUACGAAAGGAAAACAAAAGCAUGCCGAAAUCACCGAUCGUUAUUCAGAGCCAGUGAUUACAUGCCGAAAAUAAUACCUCGCAAUGUCGGCCUCGACCGUGAUCCGAUUGGCUCAUGAUAUUCGAGAGGACCUCGAUACACCCUCAGAUCCGGCGUGGAGUCGAACCCAGGACGUCCUAGAAGAUGAGCUGAAGGACAAAACCUUUGCUCACUUUCAAUUCGCCAAGCCCAUUCAAUUCGGAUUAGCCAAUGCAGGGUUCGUUCGUCCCUCUCCGAUUCAAUGGCGGGCUCUUCCCGUAGCUCAAACGGGCUUGGAUAUGAUCGUUCAAGCCAAAAGCGGCACAGGAAAAACCUUGGUUUACGUCUUAGCCGCUUUACACCGCUUAGAUGUGACCAAGAAAGCCGUUCAGACACUGGUCUUAGCACCUACCCGCGAAAUCGCGGUGCAGGGCGCUCGGGUAGCUUUGGAAGUAGGCUCGGGUAUGCCCGGCUUGAAGGCCCAAGCUUUUAUCGGGGGUACCCCUUUGGCCGACGAUGUGGCCAAAGUAAAAAGUUGCCAUGUAGCCGUAGGCUCGCCCGGACGUAUCAAACAGCUACUGAUGGAACGGGCCCUCAAACCCGAUGCCAUCAAACUCUUCGUUCUCGACGAAGCUGACCGGCUCAUGGAUGGUGACUUUUUGUCGGACGUCCGCUGGAUCGCUCAUCGCUUGCCAGAACGCAAGCAGGUCAUGGCCUUGUCAGCGACCUAUCCAGAUGAUUUGGCUCAGAUUGCCUCCACACUCAUGCAUCAACCCAAUCACGUGCGAUUGGGUCAAGACGAUCAGGUCCUGCACGGCGUGGCUCAAUUCGUGCGCCCAGUUCGGGCUCAUCCACAAGUCCAGCGGCAGGUUGCAUUUAAGUUGAAAGCACUUUUAGACUUGUUAGCCUCAGUGUCUUUCAACCAAUGCCUUGUAUUCAGCAACUACUCGGUGCGAGCUCAGGCCAUGUGUGAAAAGGCCUUGGCUCAAGGCUGGCCAGCGGUCUUCAUCUCGGCCAGUCAAGAUCAAAGUGAGCGAUUACAGGCAAUCAGUUGCUUGAAACAAUUCCAAUGCCGCAUUCUUUUCUCCACCGAUCUCACCGCUCGAGGCAUAGAUGCUCAAAACGUGGACCUGGUUAUCAAUGUGGAUGUACCUUGGGAUGCUAGUACGUAUUUGCAUCGCAUCGGACGAGCUGGGCGAUUUGGAUCGCGCGGGUUGACCGUCACUUUGGCGGCUGAGGGUGACGAGUAUGACAAUCUGAGAAAAAUCGUGUUCCACACCAAAGCCCAAAUCGUAAUCUUGGCCAAUGUAAAAGAUCUCCCUGAAAACUUUGAUCUUUGGACUUGUGAUCGGACCAAAAUGUGCUUGUUGGAAGGAAAAGAGUGUGACCCUGAUGAAACGGCCGGUUUCCGUAGAAGGCCCAAGAAGGAAGAUAACACAAGCAAAGAUGAAGUCAAGACUGAAUCUAAUUCGGCGACCAAAAUUGACAGUUCCCAAGACGCCUUUGCCGAUUUACAAUGGGUCAAAGUUCCCGAGGAAGAGAGGGUUUUGAACAAACCGGUUACUGGAUUGCAGCUGUUGGGUCAUUGUGACACCGAAGAUUUGGAAGAUGAUGGCGAUUACGAUCAUGAUUAUGAAUUCGGGCUUGAGGAAGAAGAAGCUGGAAUUAUUGAUGAUCAAAUGCUAGAGGAAGAUUUCGAAGAGAAGGUCAAGAACGCCAGCACACUUUUGAAGUCUUUCUUCUUUGUGAAUAAUAAAAGAACUGCCAUCAAAUUGAAACCCGGAUUAGAGGAUCUACAAUUUGGAGACUUCCUUGAAGACGUCAAACGAUUCAAGAAAGACAAGAGAAUCACCAAGAAGUUUGAAGAGACUGUGAUUCCGUCAUUAGAGAUUCCUAACCAAGUUCAGGAAGCUGCCGACCUAUACUUACAAGCUAAGCGAUCUUUUUUUGAAAGAGAGUCAAAUCAGGCAGAGAAAUACUUCCAAAGCCUCAAACUUGAGGAGGUCCUGAACAUCGUUAAGAAUCGCGAGGAAAUUCCCGAGGUCAUCUCGGAGGAAUACCAAGACGUCAAAUGGAACCACUCCCAAGAAGUCGCAGCCGAUUUUGAGCCCGUGUCAAACUUCAGCUUUCCAUACGAUCUCCCUCACCCUGAUCCGGGUCAACUCAUUCCGUCAAAUCCACUUUCUUCAAACGAUCUUGGCCAAUGGUUCUUCCAAUGGCAAGCUCAAGUUCAAGAAAACAAACAGUUCAUUCAGGAUAUGGAGUUCUAUCUUAAAAUGAAGGCAUUCGAAGAACAUGAUUAAUAAAGAAAGGCUUGCAAUGCGUUUUCAAUAUCCUGUGAAAUAACGAUUUGUCUUUUUCCCAUAGCUGCUCAAGUGAUAUUUUUUUUAGA